CUGUGUCAUUAAAUAAUGUAUAUGUGUGCAUAACAUAUCCAACCAUGUUUCAUUGCCUGGCGCAAGCGGCGAGAGUCCAUGUUACCAAUAUUACUUCUGCAGAUAGAGGUUUGGCCUAUCAUGCUUAUAAAAACAUUUCUAAGACAAUUGAUGUUGGUCGAUUCUAUGCUGAACAUGGAGUAAUGUCAGAGUUAGCUAAUCAAAUGAUCAAAGCAUUGGAAGCAUAUCGAGAUCGAUAUAUUGAAAUAGCUGUCCCUUCAUCAACCACCACUGUGCCCUCAAAUAUACCUCACAUCAAAGUAUCGGCCAGUACGAUGUUUGCAGCUGAUCAUUCUUCGACGUUUGCAAUUCCCAAUAAUUCUUUCGGUCCAUACUCUUCGCCUACGUCAACGCAUUUGAGCAGUCCCAUAACAGACCCCGGUUCUCGAUCUCCUAACAUUCAUCAUACGCCCACGUUCACUUAUGUUCAACAACCCCCACAUACACAACCAGCUACUCUAGCCUUUCUUCCGAGCACGGUUACCUCUUCAGCCUUCGGAACGGAUGGAUUUUUCAGCCCGACCGUUUCUUCGACAAAUAUAAUGACUGCGGUACCUGCAGCGUCUGAUUUAGGCCAAGGAGAUAGUUUAUACUGGGAUAUGGCUGCAAGUGUCUAUUCACCGCCGCAACAUAUACAAUUACGUCAUGUUUCACCUUCGUUAUCAAAUGCCUCCUUAUCUUCUCCGGCGUCAUCCGCUUCUUUUAAACACCAUCAAUCUAAUGAUGUUCAUGUUUCGCUUGACCAUACCGAUGAUCUUGAUCACGAAGAUAUUUAA